GGAAAGGGAAGAUCUCGGAAUGAGUCAGGAAGAGGGAGGAGGAAUAGAUCAGAAAAAAUGGCCACCGGCAGCUGCUGAAAACAGCACCAGCUACUGACUUCCCGGGAUGGUCCGGCUGACCCGGCUGGUCAGCAUUAAUGGAAGGGGACGAAAGAAGGGAAGAACAGCACCUGGCACAGCGGUGGCACGGACGGCUGGUCAUUAGGUCACAGCGGCAAAGCAGGGGCGCAAAGGCCCAUCUGAGUCAUCUUUCUUCAUUUGGUUCCUUGUCUGAAGUGACAUAUUAAUGAAUUACUAUUUAUUUGGAAGCGAUUGUUUGGAAUAAUUGAAGGCAAGCAUGCCAGGCGCUGGGCCGCAGUAGGAGGAGGAAGAGGACAGGCUGUGUUUGUGUUCAAUCCUGCUCUCCCUUUAUUCUGCAACCCUGCACAACGAAGUGAAUACAGCUAAAAGACUUACUAACACUUCCUGUGUCAAAUGAUGAUGCUGCAAAUUUGGCUUGUGUCCUCUGGAUAGCAACAAGUAUUAUUCUGGUCAUAAUAUUCAAGGGAAUAGGGUUGACUUAAAAAAACUGUAACCAUGAAUAUGGUGAAGAGGAUCAUGGGCCGGCCACGGCAGGAGGAGUGCAGCCCUCAGGAUAAUGCUCUGGGUUUGAUGCAUCUGAGGCGUCUUUUCACUGAGCUUUGCCAUCCUGCGAGGCACAUGACUCAGAAGGAGCAGGAAGAGAAACUUUACAUGAUGCUGCCUGUUUUUAUCAGGGUUUUUGGAAGUGCUCCAUCAAAUACGAUGACAGAGAAAUUCUCAGAUCUUUUGCAGUUUACUACACAAGUCUCGCGACUGAUGGUGACGGAGAUUCGAAGAAGAGCAUCGAAUAAAUCCACAGAGGCUGCCAGUCGAGCCAUAGUUCAGUUUCUAGAGAUCAACCAGAGUGAAGAAACCAGCAGAGGCUGGAUGCUCUUAACUGUCAUUAACUUGUUGGCAUCAUCUGGACAGAAAACUGUGGACUGCAUGACAACAAUGUCUGUACCUUCCACCCUCAUUAAAUGCCUAUACCUGUUUUUCGACCUUCCACAUUUGCCCGACAUACCUGGGGGAGCAGAGAAUGAAUUGCCUUUGGCAGAGCGGAGAGCCCUGCUUCAGAAAGUAUUUGUACAGAUUUUGGUCAAGUUGUGCCACUUUGUAUCACCUGCUGAAGAGUUGGCUCAAAAGGAUGAUCUUCAGCUUCUAUUUAGUGCAAUAACAUCCUGGUGCCCACCUUACAAUAUUCCUUGGAGAAAAAGUGCAGGGGAGGUGCUGAUGACUAUAUCACGACAUGGACUUAGCCUCAAUGUAGUGAAGUACAUUCAUGAAAAAGAAUGUCUGGCCACUUGUGUGCAGAACAUGCAGCAGUCUAAUGAUUUGUCCCCUUUGGAAAUUGUGGAGAUGUUUGCUGGCCUUUCCUGUUUCCUCAAAGACUCUAGUGAUGUUUCUCAAACACUGCUGGAUGACUUCAGAAUAUGCCAAGGAUAUGUUUUUCUUUCUGACCUUCUGUUGAGGUUAGAACAAGCUAAAGAGAAUGAGUCCAAAGAUGCUUUGAAGGACUUCGUAAACUUAAUUACUUCUUUAACAACAUAUGGUGUGAAUGAAUUAAAGCCAGCUGGUUUAACAACAGGAGCGCCUUUUCUGCUGCCAGGUUUUGCUGUUCCACAGCCCACAGGAAAAGGCCUGAGUAUGAGGAACAUACAAGCCUUCUCUGUCCUUCAGAACACAUUUUUAAAGGCAAAGACCAGCUACCUUGCUCAGAUUAUUCUUGAUGCCAUCAUGAAUAUUUACAUGUCAGACAAUGCAAACUACUUUAUUUUGGAGUCACAGCACACAUUAUCCCAGUUUGCGGAAAAGAUUACCAAGCUGCCUGAUGUUCAAGUUAAAUACUUUGAGAUGCUUGAGUUUGUUGUCUUCAGUUUAAACUAUAUCCCAUGCAAAGAACUGAUCAGUGUGAGCAUCCUCUUGAAGUCCAGUGCCUCAUUUUCCUGCAGCAUUUUUGCCACUAAAACUUUAUUAAAAUUCAUACGUCAUCAUAAUAUUUUUAAAGAUGUCUUUAAGGAAGUUGGACUCUUGGAAGUUAUGGUUAAUCUUUUGCACAAGUAUGCUGCUGUACUGAAAGAUCCUGCUCAAGCAUAUAUUGAACAAGGAUGUGCAAGUGCAAACCGUUCAACAGAGGAGCAAAGGCAACUUGCCCUGGUGGUUAUGGAGACUUUAACAGUUCUUCUUCAUGGGUCAAAUACAAAUGCGGGGGUUUUUAGGGAAUUUGGAGGUGCCCGUUGUGUGCACAAUAUAGUAAAAUAUCCACAGUGUCGUGAAUAUGCACUCAUGGUAAUCCAGCAGCUCAUGUUGUCUCCGAGUGGAGAUGAUGACAUGGGGACCCUCCUUGGACUAAUGCACUCAGCUCCUCCCACAGAACUGCAGCUGAAAACUGAUAUAUUGCGGGCUCUCCUCAUAGUGUUAAGAGAAAGUCAUCGAACACGGACAGUUUUUAGGAAAGUUGGGGGGUUUGUAUAUGUCACAUCCCUUCUGGUUGCAAUGGAGAAAGCUCUCAGUUGUCCUCCAAGGAAUGGCUGGGAGAAGGUGAACCAGAACCAAGUCUUUGAGCUACUGCAUACAGUUUUUUGUACUCUUACUGCAGCCAUGAGAUAUGAGCCUGCAAACUCUCACUUCUUUAAGACUGAAAUUCAGUAUGAAAAGCUGGCUGACGCCAUUAGGCUGUUGGGCUGUUUCUUUGAGUCAAGAAAAAUCAGACCUUCAAAUAUUUUACCUUCCAACAAUCAACCAUUUCACAGACUUUUAGAGGAUGAUGUGGCUCAGCUGGAUUUUGUGUGCCCGGUGCUGAAGCACUGCAGCAAACUGUUUGUUUAUCUCUAUAAAGUAGCUACUGAUUCUUUUGACAGUCGUGCUGAACAGAUUCCACCUUGCUUGACAAAUGAGACCUCUCUACCUUCACCCUGGGGCACUCCAGCUGUAUCCAGGAAAAGACAUGUCUACCAUGCUGUCUCCACAUCAUCUCUCAAUGCUCCAAAAAAUCUCAGUGAUAUGAAGCUUCACACUGGAACUUCUGCUCUCUCAGGCUCAGAUGCAGUCAUCAUUCAUCCUGGUGCCAUGCUUUCUAUGCUUGAUCUUCUGGCUUCAGUUGACUCAGAUUCCCAACCAGAACAUGCCUUGGAUCUCCAGUUAGCAAUAGCAAACAUUUUGCAGUCAUUGGUGCACACUGAAAGAAACCAGCAAGUCAUGUGUGAGGCAGGGCUGCAUGCACGCCUGUUACACAGAUGUAGUGCUGCUUUGGCAAAUGAGGAUCAUCCACUUCAUCCUCCACUUCAGAGGAUGUUUGAAAGACUGGCAUCUCAAGCCCUGGAGCCUAUGGUGCUGAGGGAAUUCCUACGCUUAGGAGACCCUCUAAACUGUGCCGCCUGGGACAAACGGCUGCUUAAACAGUAUAGAACACACAAGCCCAGUUCCUUGAGUUAUGAGCCUGAAAUGAGAAGUAGCAUGAUCAUGUCGACAGAAGGUAUUGGCUCUGACAGUGUGUUCUGUGUGAGUGAAGAUAGCCACUACAGGAUAAACCGGAGCUUGGUAAAGUCGGCAGAAGGAAGUACAGUGCCCCUUACAAGAGUAAAGUGCCUAGUUUCUAUGACAACGCCACAUGACAUCAGGCUUCAUGGAUCAUCAGUGACUCCAGCCUUUGUUGAAUUUGACACAUCUUUAGAAGGGUUUGGUUGUCUCUUCCUGCCAAGUUUAGCUCCUCAUAAUGCACCUACCAGUAAUGCAGUCACCACAGGUCUUGUUGAUGGAGCUGUCCUUAGUGGAAUUGGGACAGGAGAACGCCUGUUCCCACCACCAUCUGGGUUAACAUACUCUACCUGGUUUUGUAUUGAGCAUUUAAGCAGCCCUCCCAACAACCAUCCAGUCCGACUUCUGACUUUAGUUAGGCGUGCCAAUUCUUCAGAGCAACACUUCGUCUGUCUUAACAUUGUCCUCUCUGCUAAAGAUAAAUCACUUAUCGUGUCCACAAAGGAAGAGCUUUUACAGAACUAUGUGGAUGACUUUAGCGAAGAAGCAUCCUUCUAUGAAAUCCUACCGUGCUGUGCUCGCUUCCGCUGCAGUGAUCUGAUAAUGGAAGGCCAGUGGCAUCACCUGGUACUGGUAAUGAGUAAAGGCAUGCUGAAGAACAGCACAGCAGCACUCUAUAUAGAUGGUCAACUUGUCAGCACAGUAAAGCUUCAUUAUGUGCACAGUACCCCUGGAGGGUCUGGUUCAACAAACCCACCAGUGGUGAGUACGGUUUAUGCAUACAUUGGCACUCCACCAGCACAGCGCCAGCUGUCCUGCCUGGUGUGGCGUCUGGGACCAACUCACUUUUUGGAGGAAGUCUUAACUGCUGCUAAUGUUGGUAUCAUAUAUGAACUUGGACCAAAUUAUGUGGGAAGCUUUCAAGCAGUGUGUACACCAUGUAAAGACUCAAAAUCUGAAACAGGCAGUCUAUCCCUGGUGUCACUUGUGCCAGAAGAGAAGGUUUCCUUUGGACUCUAUGCACUUUCAGUUUCUUCACUCACUGUUGCACGGAUUCGAAAAGUUUACAACAAACUGGAUAGUAAAGCCAUUGCAAAGCAGCUGGCCAUAUCGUCCCAUGAGAAUGCUACUCCAGUGAAGCUUCUGCACAACUCAGCUGGACAUUUGAAUGGACCUGCUCGAACAAUAGGGGCUGCACUAAUCGGCUAUUUGGGUGUACGAACAUUUGUCCCAAAGCCAGUGGCCACCACAUUACAGUACAUAGGUGGUGCUGCUGCUAUACUCGGCUUAGUGGCUAUGGCUUCUGAUGUAGAAGGACUGUAUGCAGCUGUCAAGGCACUUGUUUGUGUGGUGAAGAGCAACCCACUGGCCAGCAAAGAGAUGGAAAGGAUUAAAGGUUAUCAGUUGUUAGCAAUGCUAUUUAAGAAGAAGCGGGGCCUUCUGAACAGCCAUAUUCUGCAUCUGACCUUUUCCUUGGUGGGAACAGUUGAUAGUGGCCACGAGACUUCAAUUAUUCCUAACUCAACAGCUUUCCAGGAUCUACUUUGUGACUUUGAGGUCUGGCUACAUGCUCCGUAUGAACUCCAUCUUUCACUAUUUGAGCAUUUCAUUGAACUUCUAACAGAAUCAAGUGAAGCUGCCAAAAAUGCAAAAUUGAUGAGGGACUUCCAGCUGAUCCCUAAACUUCUGCUGACCCUGCGAGACAUGUCGCUCUCCCAGCCCACACUUGCUGCCAUUAGUAAUGUUUUGAGCUUUCUUCUCCAGGGCUUUCAAAGCAGUAAUGACUUGCUCAGGUUUGGCCAGUUUAUCUCAUCAACCUUACCUACGUUUGCUGUAUGUGAGAAGUUUGUGGUUAUGGAAGUUAAUAAUGAAGAGAAGCUAGAACCAGGAGCAGAUGAUGAUUUCGGAGGACUUGUAUCUGCUAACCUAAUCAUUUUAAGAAACAGACUCUUAGAUGUGCUCCUUAAACUCUUGUAUACUUCCAAGGAAAAGACCACUGUGAAUCUCCAAGCCUGUGAAGAGCUGGUAAAGAUUCUUGGUUUUGAUUGGGCCAUCAUGUUUAUGGAAGAGCACCUGCAUUCUACCACUGUCACUGCAGCCAUGAGAAUUCUUGUGGUGUUGCUUAGUAACCCGUCUAUUCUUCUUCGCUUUAAAGAAGGUGUGACCGGAGGAGGGUGGCUUGACCAAACGGAUUCUGUCUUGACCAAUAAGAUAGGCACUGUACUAGGAUUUAAUGUGGGAAGGAGUGCUGGCGGUAGAUCAACUCUCAGGGAAAUUAAUCGUGAUGCGUGUCAUUUUCCUGGCUUUUCAAUUCUUCAGUCUCUUCUCCCCAAGCACACAAAUGUCCCUGCACUUUAUUUCCUCCUUAUGACACUUUUUCUACAACAGCCAGUCACUGAACUGCCUGAGAACCUGCAGGUCAGUGCACCUGUCAUCAGCAGCCGAAGUAACCGCAGUUGCCAGUUUGACUUGGACUCUAUCUGGACUUUUAUCUUUGGUGUCCCGGCAUCCAGUGGAAAUGUCUUUUCUUCUAUCCACAAUGUUUGCACAGAGGCAGCCUUGCUCUUGCUAGCCAUGCUCAGGACCAUGCUUAAUUCUCCCUGGCAAUCUGAGGAAGAGGGAUCCUGGCUACGGGAAUACCCAGUCACUUUGAUGCAGUUUUUUCGUUACCUGUACCACAAUGUUCCAGACCUCUCACCAAUGUGGAUUAGCCCAGAGUUCCUUUGUGCACUUGCAGCAUCUGUAUUCCCUUUUAAUAUACGACCAUACUCCGAAAUGGUCACUGACCUCGAUGAUGAAGUGGGAUCUCCAGCUGAAGAAUUUAAGGCCUUUGCUUCUGACUCUGGCAUGAACAGGAGCCAAUCAGAAUAUUGCAACAUGGGAACCAAGACCUAUCUAACCAAUCACCCAGCGAAGAAAUUUGUGUUUGACUUUAUGCGUGUUCUAGUGAUUGAAAAUUUGUGCCUGACUCCAGCUAGCAAGCAAACCCCUCUGAUAGACCUGCUCUUAGAGGCCUCACCAGAAAGAUCAACAAGAGCUCAGCAGAAGGAGUUUCAGACUUACAUACUGGACAGCGUCAUGGAUCAUCUGUUAGCUGCGGAUGUCCUGUUAGGAGAAGAUGCCUCUUUACCUAUCACUACUGGGGGAAACUACCAGGUGUUGGUGAACAAUGUGUUUUAUUUUACUCAAAGAGUUGUGGACAAACUUUGGCAGGGCAUGUUUAACAAAGAUUCCAAAAUAUUGGUAGACUGCAUUAUUCAGCUUAUCUCACAGUCAAAGAGACGGUCUCAGGGUUUGUCACUUGAAGCUAUUUAUAAUUGCUUGAAUCGGACCAUCUUGUACCAGUUCUCAAGAGCUCACAAAACCGUCGCUCAACAAGUGGCCCUUCUUGACUCACUGCGUGUUCUUACUGUAAAUAGAAACCUGAUUCUGGGCCCUGGGAAUCAUGACCAGGAGUUCAUCACCUGCCUGGCACAUUGCUUAAUAAACCUUCACAUGGGAAGUAACCCAGAUGGCUUUGGACUGGAAGCAGAAGCAAGGAUGACCACAUGGCACAUUAUGAUUCCAUCUGAUAUAGAGCAAGAUGGUGUCUACCAAGAUGUCAGCGAAGGGCGCCAGCUCCUUCUAAAAGCUGUCAACAGAGUAUGGAUAGAACUUAUUCACAGCAAGAAGCAAGUUUUGGAGGAUAUUUUCAAGGUGGCCUUUCCAGUAAAUGAAAGGGGGCAUGUCGAUAUCAAUACUGUAAGGCCUUUCAUUGAGGAAGCGACUUUAAGGGCUUGGCAAAAUCAUUUAGUUUAUGAGAAGAAGUGCACCAGUAAAGGGGAAGCUUUGGUGCCUACCUCACAGUCUAAGUUGUCACGUGUCAGCAGUGGCUUUGGCCUUUCUAAAUUAACUGGAUCUCGAAGGAACAGAAAAGAAAGUGGACUCAACAAGCAUAAUUUGUCAGCCCAGGAAAUUUCGCAGUGGGUAUUUACUCACAUAGCAGUUGUCCGGGACCUUGUGGACAUGCAGUAUAAAGAAUACCAGGAGCGGCAGCAAAAUGCUUUGAAGUAUGUGACGGAGGAAUGGAACCAGACUGAAUAUGAACUACUUCGUGAGAGAGGACUCUGGGGUCCUCCCAUUGGCUCUCAUCUGGAUAAGUGGAUGCUGGAAAUGACAGAAGGGCCAUGUAGAAUGAGAAAGAAGGUUGUGAGGAAUGAUAUGUUUUACAUUCACUACCCAUACAUCCCUGAUGCUGAGCAUGAGACAAAUACAAUGAAGCCAGCUCGCUACCGCCGUGCAGUCAGCUAUGACAGUAAGGACUACUACAUGCGUCUGAUGCCAGGGAACCCAGCUGUUUUCCAGGAUACUGUUGAAGAAAGCUCCGAUGGGGAAACCGCACAUAAUGAGCCAGAGCAUGGUGAAGAUACCAUUGCCAGAGUAAAAGGCCUAGUGAAAGCUCCUCUGAAGAGAUCCCGAUCUGCCCCAGAUGGGGGAGAAGAUGAAAACCAGGAGAUGCUGCAGGACCAACUAAGUGAAGGUUCUUCUGUGGAGGAGGAUGAGAAGAUGGACAGUACCACACUGCUCAGAUUGCUUGAGGAAGGAGAAAAGAUUCAGCACAUGUAUCGCUGUGCAAGGGUCCAAGGUCUGGAUACUAGUGAAGGCCUCCUGCUCUUUGGCAAAGAACAUUUCUAUGUUGUUGAUGGAUUUACAAUGACUGUCACCAGAGAAAUCCGGGAUAUUGAAACACUACCAGUAAACAUGCAUGAACCAAUUAUUCCACGUGGAGCAAGACAAGGUCCCAGCCAGCUGAAAAGAAACUGUAGUAUCUUUGCUUAUGAAGAUAUAAAGGAAGUUCAUAAAAGGAGAUACUUGUUACAGCCGAUUGCUGUGGAAGUGUUUUCUGGAGAUGGACGAAAUUAUUUGCUGGCUUUUCAAAAAGGAGUCAGAAAUAAAGUCUAUCAAAGGUUCUUGGCUGUUGUUCCUUCCCUGACAGACAGUUCUGAAUCUGUGUCAGGGCAGCGCCCAAACACCAGUGUUGAACAAGGAUCGGGACUCCUUAGCACAUUAGUUGGAGAAAAAUCUGUAACACAAAGAUGGGAGAGAGGAGAAAUCAGUAAUUUUCAGUAUCUUAUGCACUUAAACACCCUGGCAGGCAGAUCAUAUAAUGAUCUCAUGCAGUACCCAGUCUUCCCAUGGAUUCUUGCAGAUUUUGACUCUGAGGAACUCGAUUUGACCAGUCCUAAAACAUUUAGAAAUUUGGCUAAACCAAUGGGGGCUCAGACUGAAGACCGACUUGCUCAGUACAAAAAGCGGUACAAGGACUGGGAGGAUCCAAAUGGGGAGACACCAGCUUAUCAUUAUGGAACUCAUUAUUCUUCUGCCAUGAUUGUUGCCUCUUACUUAGUCAGGAUGGAGCCAUUUACCCAGAUCUUCCUUAGACUUCAGGGUGGCCAUUUUGAUCUUGCUGACCGAAUGUUUCACAGUGUUCGUGAAGCAUGGUACUCCGCCUCCAAGCAUAACAUGGCUGACGUGAAGGAACUAAUUCCAGAAUUCUUUUACUUACCAGAAUUUCUACUGAACUCCAAUAAUUUUGAUCUUGGAUGUAAACAAAAUGGAACAAAGCUGGGUGAUGUUAUCCUUCCACCCUGGGCCAAGGGAGACCCCCGUGAAUUUAUUCGUGUGCAUAGAGAGGCUCUGGAAUGUGACUAUGUCAGCUCCCACCUACACGAAUGGAUUGAUCUUAUCUUCGGAUACAAGCAGCAGGGUCCUGCAGCUGUAGAAGCUGUCAAUGUCUUCCAUCAUCUUUUCUAUGAGGGGCAAGUGGACAUCUACAACAUAAAUGACCCACUCAAAGAAACAGCAACCAUAGGCUUCAUUAAUAACUUUGGCCAAAUACCUAAACAGUUGUUUAAAAAACCUCAUCCACCAAAGCGUGUCCGAGGUCGUAUAAAUGGAGAUCUGACAUCAAUGUCUUUGCCUGUUGGGACUGCAUGUGACAAGAUAUUUUUUCAUCAUUUGGACAAUCUAAGACCUUCUUUAGCUCCUGUCAAAGAACUGAAGGAGCCUGUGGGGCAAAUUGUUUGUACUGACAAAGGUAUUUUGGCUGUCGAACAAAACAAGGUCCUUAUUCCACCCGCUUGGAACAAGACUUUUGCUUGGGGCUAUGCAGAUCUCAGCUGCAGGCUGGGAACCUAUGAAUCUGAUAAGGCUGUAGUUGUAUAUGAAUGUCUGUCUGAAUGGGGACAGAUUUUGUGUACCAUAUGUCCAAAUCCCAAAAUGGUUAUCACAGGUGGGACCAGCACUGUAAUCUGUGUAUGGGAAGCAGGGACUUCAAAAGAAAAGGCAAAGUCCCUUAAUCUGAAACAGGCUUUAAUUGGCCAUACGGACACCGUGACCUGCUUAACUGCAUCGUUAGCCUAUCACAUUGUUGUAAGUGGAUCUCGAGACCGCACCUGCAUCAUCUGGGACCUGAACAAGCUUGCAUUUGUAACACAGCUAAGAGGCCACAGAGCUCCUGUGUCAGCCCUCUGUAUCAAUGAGUUAACUGGUGAUAUAGUGUCCUGUGCAGGCACAUACAUCCAUGUUUGGAGCAUUAAUGGCAAUCCUAUUGUCAGUGUGAAUACUUUCAUUGGAAGAAGCCAACAGAUCUUGUGUUGCUGCGUAUCUGAGAUGAACGAGUGGGAUACACAAAAUGUUAUUGUCACAGGCCAUUCAGAUGGCGUUGUCCGUUUCUGGAGAAUGGAGUUUCUACAAGUACCAGAGACACCAGCUCCAGAACCUGCAGAUACUAUGGAGAUGCCCGACGACUGCCAAGAUGAACAUUUAGGCCAGGAAGCCCAAGAUGAUGAAAGCAGCGACUCUGAUGCUGAAGAUCAAAGUGUGAGUCAAGAUAUAAAAACAAAAGAGAGUCAACCUCAGGGUAACGACAGUCACCGCCCAAGAGCAUCUUCUGCCAGAGCUGGUUUAACAGCUUGGUCAGGAGACAGCGGCUCUGAUGACUCCAGGCGAUGGUCAGAUCAGCUGAGCUUGGAUGAAAAGGAUGGAUUCAUCUUUGUAAACUAUUCAGAGAAUCAGAGUAAAGUUCAGUUACCACAGAUUCAGAGUGGCGGACAGGCAAGCCAGACUGAUGUACGGCAUUACAACAAGCUAAAAACUGGUUACAGGUGGGAACGACAGCUGGUGUUCAGGAGCAAACUAACAAUGCACACAGCCUUUGAUCGAAAAGACAAUGCUCAUCCUGCAGAAGUCACUGCUCUUGGCAUUUCUAAGGAUCACAGUCGAAUAUUAGUAGGAGACAGCCGAGGCAGAGUGUUCAGCUGGUCUGUAAGUGAUCAGCCAGGGAGAUCUGCAGCAGACCACUGGGUAAAGGAUGAAGGGAUGGAUAACUGCUCAGGAUGUGCUGUGCGCUUCUCACUCACAGAGAGACGACACCACUGCAGAAACUGUGGGCAACUUUUUUGCCAAAAGUGCAGUCGAUUCCAGUCUGAAAUCAAGCGUCUGAAAAUCUCUUCUCCAGUGCGCGUGUGUCAGAACUGUUACUACAACUUACAGCAUGAACGUGGCACAGAAGAGGCAACAAGGAACUAGAAGUUUUUGUUUUUAUUUACUUCCAAAAGGAAACCAUUUUAGACCUGUACCAACAUACAGACUAUAAACUUGUAGGCAUUAAAGAAAAAAAAAAUUCCAGUUUACACAUUAUCUUUGUACUGUGUUCUGAACACUGCAAGAAAAAAAAGGGAUCAUUUUGCACACUGAUUGCUAUGGUUUAAUGCUAUGAAAGGACCACUCAAAAGGAUCCAGAAGAGCAUUGAUAUAUAUAUAUAUAUAUAUACACACACAUACAAUAUUUAAUAUUUGUUGCUUUGUCUGCCCAGCCAAACAUUUCAUUUUUUAUUUUUCUGUUUUUGCAGUGCUACUCGUCUUAGCAAUAUUGUUUUAUGACAGCAAACUCAUAACUUCCUUAGAAGAAUGCAAAUUAGAAGUUGUGUACAAUUUAUUAUAAAUAUUUUGUCUUUUUAGCAAGGAAUCCUCUUAAUUACCUAUUACAUAAAAUUAUAAAUCAAGUGAUAUCCAUCAUUUUUACUGUAAUAUUCUGUAAUACUAUUCUCUUCAAUCCCAAAAUAACAUUUUAUUUACCACUACUAAAUACUUUUCUGAGUUAUUCAUUAUUUUUGUUUGGUCUGACCACAGUAUAAUUCCUUUUCACUCUAAAUAUCAAAACAACAAAAACUGGCAGAUCAAACAUAACCAUGGAAUAUGUGUUGUCCCGUGAUUUUUUUAAUUAUCUAAAAGUUGUGCAAGUCUUAAGGUGGCCAUACACGUUGUGAUCCGCUUGUUUAACUAGGUCACCAAAUGAGUGGAUCUUCUCCCCAUCUUCUGUCAGUCGAGGGAAACAAAAAAACAUGUUAGGAAUUAUUGAAGCAAUGCAGUAUGCUAAAAAAAUGUCAUUAUCCUUUAUGUAAAGUUGUUGUGCAGUUUGUUGUAUGUUUUCUUUUUAUUUUAAUUGCCCCCUUUUUAAAGACAUUUUAUAUAUCUGAUUAGUGCAAUAAAGUACAGUAUAUACAUUCUUUAAGGGGUUGUUCACCAUUGUUUGCUUAACUUAACUAUAUGACUCUGUUCAUCCUUUGUGCCCUAUUAAAAGUGCUUCAUUUAAAAAAAGUUCAUUUAAAAAAAGUACAUUUAAAAGUCCAAAAACCACAUGUUUAAUUUUACGUACCAUAAAUAACUUUUUUCACUGACUGCCUUCUCCAGAGCAAGCUGAGAGGGAGGACCUUAAUUUAGUAUGGGUGAGAGGGUCACAUGAUUGAGGAUGACAUCACUGCCUUUUCAUUGCCAAAACACUUAUCGGCUCUAAUCCUAUCAACUCUAAUCCUAAAUUAAACUGUAGAAACAUAAAUAUGUAUGAUAUGUCCCAAUAACCCAUGUAACACAAGUGGCUGCAGAAAGAACAAGUUGUGCUCACAAAUCUGAUCACAAGAACGCCAAAAAAAGAAACAAACCUUACCACCAUGCGCAGAACACACAGACUUUCACUGCCCACACUGUACUCUAUGUAGACUGGAAUUCUGAAGUGUGCGGGGGGUUGGCGACCCCCUACCAGGGCAGCACGGGUCUGAACUGGCACUAGAGGGAAUAGGUAAUUAUAUUGUGGAUUAUCCCUGAAACCAUACAACUGCUAAUGCAUGGACAUUGCAUGUCUGCUCAGUAUUACAUUUCCUUUUAUAGACAAAUCAAUGUUUUGAAAGUGAACAACCCCUUUAAGGUUUUAGACUUUAUUAGUAAAAUGAAAAGAAAAUAUCAAGUUUUCAUCUGAACAAAAGCCAAUACUAGUGGCCUAUUUAUUACUGCUCAAGCCUUUGGGCUUGAACAAUCAUAAAGAAAACCCUGAUUACUUACUCACACUGGGUUUUGGACCAGAAAACCAUUUUAAAUUCAUUAUUUUCUAUGAAUGGACUUUUGUAACGAAUUAAGUAAUCAUAGGCUGAAAUUAUUUACCAAUAUAAAGUAAUGCUAUAAAUAUCUAUAAAAGUGCCCACAACCUGAAAGGACUUAUGUCUGUAACUCUACAUUUACAUUAAAAACAACACCGUACCCUUAAGUAAAAAUUAUGCCAUAGAUUGUUUUCAGUGCUGUUAAAUGUAUUUGUUGUGAAUUAGAAAACUGUGGUAACAAUUUCACUGCUUCUUUACAUUUAACAGAUGUAAAUGUUCAGUAAACAAUGCUUUUUUUUUUUUUUGUAUAAAAAUUCUCAUUCAGUGAAUGCAAGAAGCCUUUAAAAAGUUUUAUUUUUUACUUGUAUACAUUAAUAUUUUAUCUAAACAAUCUAAGCUGUAAGAUCGCCUUUAUGCUCCUAGGUUUGUUUUUGUUGUAAUGUCAAUAGUUAGCUCUUAGUUUUGUAUAUUAUGUUAAAUUAUGGCCUAGGUUUAUUGUGAGAGCAGAGUAUAUUUUAAGAAUGCACCAACUUCAUUAUGGAUUUGAAUCUAAAAAAUUACAAGAAAAAUUGAAAAUCAUCUGUGAACAACAAAUUGUUCAGAGCUUAAAAGUCAAAUGACCCAUGAUACAGGUUUGAAUUCCAUUUUACUUGGGAACGAAGGACUUGAAAAAUUGGCUUUUAUUGGGUUUUGGGUUUUAUAUUUUUACAAUUACUAAGCCUGUUUUUCUUCACUUGUUUUUAACUAAAUGUUCACAGAUUUUGUAUUAUUUCUUGAGUAAUAGAAAUUGUGUUGCUUUGCACUGGAGCACAAAAUCCUAAAAGCUGUGCUGGAGGAUGAGCCCUCGUCCAACAUUAUCUGGGAGAACCAGCGGUUGUAGACUUCAACAGCUGCAAAAAAGAACUAGAAAAGCUUUGUCCAAUUGCAUGUUUUAGAAGUGCUAGCUUGGGUAACUUUUAGGGAAGCAGGAUUAUUGCCCACAUGUGAUAAAUUUUGCUGCAGGACAUGCAUUAGAGAAUAGUUGAUUUUUAUAAGUGGAGUAUCCUGCAAGAUUGCAGCUCCUCAUUAUGUUCUGUAUACUAACUUUUGUUAACCGCUGAACUACUAAAGUUGAGUGAGACUAAUCAUAUUUGCAUUGGGUUGCUAGAACCCUUAUAACUUAGGGUUUUUAUCUAAAGCUCCAAUGGUCUGGUCAUAUUUGCAGCUGUAGGACAAUAGAAGCUGUAGUGCCAUUGGCUGGACAAACAUAAGUGCAGACAGUUUCUGAUAAAUCAUGUCCUUUUUAUCCUAGAAAACAUCUCUUCAAUACAUUUUUUUUUUGCUAAUAAUGCAGAUGCAACCAAAACAUUAUACAGCUGCAUUUUAUGUACUUGUACAGAAAAUAUAUAAAUAUUUAUAUAUAUAUAUGAGAUUAUGUUCUGCCUAUCUGAACUUAAAGGUCAUUUAAGGACAGUUUACCAGUGUAUCUUCUAUUAUAAAUUUCAUGCCCACAUGCCUUGUUCUGCCUCGCAUAUUGGUACACACACCCUUGUAUUCUUCCAGAUAUCUGUAGCUAGUACGCAAAUGUAUUGUCAUGUUUAAAAUAGGAAAAUCUUUGUAAAAGAGGCAUCUAUUCUAUAGAGGAACACUUUAGACAAAUUAUUUUGCACCUUCUCAUGUAAGAAAGCAGUAGCAGCCAAAUUUAUUUUUGUUCUGUAUUAUUUUAAGACUCAUUUGAUUUCAAUAAAAACAUAGAAAAUAUUGUAUAAAAAUAUUUAUGCAGUUGAAAGAAGCAAAAAAAUUUUUAGGAAGUAUUUUUAAUUUCAGCAAGUUUCAUUACUUGUUGCAUGAAAUAUUAACAAAGCUGACUUUUUGUGUCAGUACAAUGUAUAUUUUUUGUCCUGUUAUUAACUUGUACACCCUUAUACGCAGCCAUUUAUUUAUACAGCAGUGGAAAUUUGUUUGAGAAUAAAUGGCUAAGAUUGGAGUGUGGCAUUUUGUAUUGUAUUACAGAAUCCAAUGUCUGUUUUUUGGUGGUUAAAUUGUACACAGCCUGGAAAAAUUACUAUCUUGCGUGCAAACUGUACUAUCUGGUUGUUUAUGUAUAUCUGUUUCCAAUACAAAAAGAGAAGAGUAACAAUUACAAUACAUGACUAAAUACAAUAGGUCAGGUACUUAACUUAUUUUUUUUUUCCAUUAAAAAUAAAUAACUGCUAUUUACCACCAAAAA